UCACUGGGUCUCAGCCAGAGAUUCCCCACUGGCACCUGGCGAUCCCCGACUAUCACUGACAGGGGAGAGGUCUGUAUCAUGCUGCUUUGUAUUGUUCUGCAUAGCAGAGCAAUACAAAACAGCAUGCCUCCCAAGUAAAGCACACACAGCACACAGUAAAACAGCACACAGUUAAGCCUUCGAUUGCCCCCCAUGUUAACCCCUUCCUGCCCAGUGCCCUUAGUACAGUGUCAUGGCUUUUUAUUAGCACUGAUCACUGUAUUAGUGUCACUGAGAAUGUCAGUGGCAGUUAGUCAGUUCCACCCCCAGUUGUCAGAAUGUCCACCGCAGUCCCGCUAU